AUGUCUAUGCAGAAGCAUAUUGGUUCACGCCAUCUUGCUAUCGUGCAGGCAAUUGGAUAUCUUGGAGAAUAUAUACGUUUGCGCGGUCAUUGUCAAGAGGUUUAUUUUAAUAUUGCACGUGCUUGUCAUCAGCUUCUCAUUACUCAUAUUGCCAUGCAUUAUUAUGAGAAAGUUCUUGCCAUGGAGCCUGUCGGAAGUACUCCGGAAGAGAGAUCUUCAAUUAAAAUUAAAACAUUUCCUAAACUAUUUGAUGGUUACAUUACACUUGCUGUAACAGCCUUACCAGUAAAUUCGAAACCGAACAAAAUCGUCAACAAGUAUCCAUAUAUGGCAACAAAAAGCAUUUUGAAAUUAAGUACGGCUCUUCAAAUCCCGAUUUAA